GAGUAUUAAGAUCUGCCGGGUGGGACUGUGUGAGGAGGGUAGGUUUUGCGACCCGAUACCUCUGGAGCCGGUCGGAGCCCUACAGGAAUUGGGUCAAGGUUUCCUGGCACCAAGCCUUCAUUUUGUUUCCUCAUGUGGCGUGCACAGAGUGGGAGGAGUUUUGAUUGUUCAUAGCGGCGUUCUGGUUGGCUGGUUUUCACGCGGGGGAAGUGCAGGUGGGAUUUUCUCAAAGGUGCACUUGCUGUCUUUUUUUUUCCAUCACCCCUCCUCCUUUCUUUCACUCUUUCUCCUUGGUCUCGUGCCUCUCGACUCUUCUUCUUUUUCUCUGUCUUUUUCUUUCUCCUCCGGCUUUUUGCGCUGGUUUUCUCUCUCUACCUAGUCAUUCAGUCUUCACUAGGAAGAAAUUCCUGAAACAUUCUCGUCAGCCUUUGAAAGAGGAUUGUCUGGGCUUUCUUCCUGGAAGCAUGAACAAGCCAGAGGAACUGGUUAUGACGGCCGGCCAUUGGAAUAGCAAUGGUCAGCCGUCAGCUCCGCUAGACCCCCCCUCUGCUGCCGCUGCUGUCACCCCCGCUGCCCCCCAGCUCGCCUCCCUCAUGAAGACGGACGGGGAGCCCGACCUCCAGCAAGAUGACCCUCAGGAGAAUGGGGUCAUCCAGCGUACGGAGUACAGCAGCAUCUCUCCGCCUGGCUCCCCUGUGGUGCAGGAUGAGCCCUUCUCCACCUACUUUGAGGAGAAGGUUCCCAUCCCAGAGGAUGCCGGCGAGCUCUUCAGCUUCCGGAAGCUGUGGGCCUUCACCGGGCCGGGCUUCCUGAUGAGCAUAGCCUACCUGGACCCAGGCAACAUCGAGUCAGACCUGCAGUCCGGAGCUAAAGCUGGCUUUAAGCUCCUGUGGGUUCUUCUGGGGGCCACUAUCAUUGGGCUGCUGCUUCAGCGCUUGGCGGCCCGUCUGGGUGUCGUGACAGGAAUGCACCUGGCUGAAGUCUGCAACCGGCAGUACCCAACAGUGCCGCGCAUCAUCCUGUGGCUGAUGGUGGAGAUGGCCAUUAUUGGUUCAGACAUGCAGGAGGUCAUUGGCUGUGCCAUCGCUUUCAACCUGCUCUCCGUUGGCCGCAUACCCUUGUGGGGUGGAGUUCUGAUUACCAUCAUUGACACCUUCAUGUUCCUCUUCCUCGACAAAUAUGGUUUGAGGAAACUCGAGGCGUUUUUCGGUGUUCUCAUCACCGUCAUGGCCAUCAGCUUUGGAUAUGAGUAUGUGGCGGUGGCUCCUGACCAGGGCGAGCUGCUGAAGGGCAUGUUCAUCCCCUACUGCGCCGGCUGCGGGCCCACGCAGCUUGAACAGGCCGUGGGCAUCGUAGGAGCCGUCAUCAUGCCUCACAACAUCUACCUGCACUCAGCACUCGUGAAGUCGAGAGAGGUGGAUCGUAACAACAAGAAAGAAGUGAAGGAGGCCAACAAGUACUUCUUCAUCGAGUCAACCAUCGCUCUCUUCGUCUCCUUCCUCAUCAACGUGUUUGUGGUGGCUGUUUUUGCACAGGCAUUUUAUGGCAGAACAAACAUUGAAGUGGCCCUUCAGUGUAACGAGACAGGGAGUCCACACACAGACCUGUUCCCCAUGAACAACGAGACUCUACAGGUGGACAUCUACAAAGGGGGAGUGGUCCUGGGCUGCUUCUUUGGGCCGGCUGCCUUGUACAUCUGGGCCAUUGGCAUCCUCGCUGCCGGCCAGAGCUCCACCAUGACUGGCACCUACUCAGGACAGUUUGUCAUGGAGGGUUUCCUGAACCUGACCUGGUCUCGUUUCGCCCGUGUGCUGCUGACGCGCUCCAUUGCCAUCGUCCCCACGCUGCUGGUGGCCAUCUUCCAGGACGUGCACCGCCUGACCGGCAUGAACGACUUCCUCAACGUGCUGCAGAGCAUGCAGCUGCCGUUUGCAUUGAUUCCCAUCCUGACCUUCACCAGCCUCCACUCCAUCAUGAACGACUUUGCCAACGGACUGGUGUGGAAGAUCGGUGGGGGUGUGGUCAUCCUGGUGGUGUGUGCCAUCAACAUGUACUUCGUGAUCGUGUACGUGACGGCUCUGGACAGCGUGGCCCUCUACGUGAUGUCGGCCCUCCUCUCCAUCGCCUACCUGAGCUUCGUGGGAUACCUGGCAUGGCUGUGUCUGAUUGCUCUGGGAGCGUCGUGUCUGGACUGCGGCAGCAGGAUGGGGUUGUCUGGACACACGGACAUCUACUUGCUGAACGACAUGGACACAAAUGAGCUGGUGGAGAGGUAGAGGGACCAGGUAAAGGCUCUGGGACAGGAGGUGAAGAAGCCUAUAAAGGGUUAAUAUGGCUGUUUCGCAGCGCCUGUUUGCUUGAACAUGGACUGAAUGGUGGGACCAGAACCACCACUGCCCUAGGCCAGUAUGCAAUACUUUAUCCACAUACGUGCCAAAAAAAAAACCCACAACAAAGCCUAAGUGACCUUACAUGUUUUGAAGUAGUGGAUAUUCUCUCUUCCAUAGUUUAGAACAUUCCGGAAGUUGGGGAACGGCAGUUUUGACUGUAAACUGUUGAUUUUUGUUGUUUCUUCUUCUUGAUCCGUCACAUACUCCAGUGCAUGGAGCCAUUCCAAGACAUUACAACUAAUUGCACCUCUACUUGGGAAACAUACACUAACAUGUUAGGAUAUUAAAAUUCAACGUACACCAACAUGUUAGGUUAUUACAAUUCAACAAAGCUGUUUUGGCUUCUAUUAAAUAGGAGACCAUUUCCAGUAACCAUUUUUCGCAGGGUCAAACCAACAAAUAGCUCUUAAUCUCAGGAUCAACAACUGUAAUAAGACGUACAGUUAGUUUAGUUGACACGAGAUUCCUUAAGCGCAGCCUCUGUGUUUUCAACACAAAGAAUAUUGGUGCAUAACUGAAGUUACCAUGAUGUGUUUACUAUAACGCCUUUUGAUUUUUCACUACAUGAUAACACUUGAAAUACAAGAAAACUUGUAGGUCUUGUCAGAGGUUGGUCUAUAGGUCCCAGAGUUCACAUAUUUUCCUUCCUGAUUUAUUUGUUUUUUGUUACAGUAGUCAUAGAGGAGUUGACAUUGGAGAAUUAAGUGAUGAAAGCAUUCUUGUCGUUGUCCCUAAGUGCAUGUUUGUCCUGUGCCUCAAAAUCUAUGCCUCAUGUGUAGGAGCAGUGUUGUAGCAAUAGAAUUAAUCUUAUAAUGAGACAUGCAGACUUGAGUUACUGGAAAAUAAGUUAUUUAUUUAUUACACAUCCAGGAUGUAGUACUUAUAUUUAAAUAAUGUAAUACUCAUGAAAAAGCUGCAAGUAUCUAUACUACAGCAUGGUCUGUAGAAGGGAUGGACAUUUCUAUUUCAAAAAGACUCCUGGUCAUUGACGUCUUUGCUCAUGAAUCACUUUCAAUGUGACAGAUGUAAUGUCCCUGUGGCUUAAGAUGUCACUGGUGACUACUAGGGCAUUUAACACCAAUUACACUGUGACACAGUAUUAAACUUUAACCUGGACUGCAGGAUAAAGGGACUAUUCAUGGGUGCGAUAAUGUAAUUUAAGUAAAAUUACCGUACUUUACAUCAAUGGGUGUACUGUCAUAACAACAAGGGACUAGAUUAAAUUCCAUGUCAUAAUCUGUACACCGUACAUUUCAGGACUUACCAUUUAUAAUUUUCUUGUUUUGAAUUGAAAGGAGUUGUAUUUGUUAUUUUAAAAUCACAACAGUGAUAAAUUGUUUAUGUACAUUGUGUUUCCCUCUCCAAACCAUGAACCAAAGAGUUCCAUUCUCCGAAUACUUUGAGAAUAUAAUUUUUUAGUUCUUUUUUUCUAAAUGCAAAAAAUAAAUCAUGCCAAACAAACAA